AUGAACUCAACAAUCUGCACACGCUGCCGCAUGGCACUUCGGGGCAGCAAGCUAUCCGCACCCAGCUUUCGAUUCCCUCCAUCCCCGACCCUAGUCGCACGACGCGCCAAAUCAGAUGCCUCCUGGUUCCCGGACCCUAACGAAACCCCAAUAGAACCCCCAUUACCACCUGCAGAGCACCACCUCGACGCAGCGGCCCUCCUCUCCAAGCCAACCUGGUCUGUCCGCUCCCUCCUACCCCCCUCGGCGAACGAUACCAGCACACGUACCACAACCUCGACGGAGAACUCGACGGAGACAGAACCGGAACCCAUCACCUCCAAAACCCUCCGCCACCUCCUCCGCCUCUCCGCUCUGCCCGCACCUUCCUCCCCUGAGGAAGAGGCGUCCAUGCUCAGCACCCUCAGGUCACAAUUACACUUCGUGCGCGCCAUCCAGAGCGUUGACACCACGGGAGUAGAACCCCUGCGCGCCAUACGCGACGAGACGGCUGAGGGGAGGCGCGAGCAGACUAUUGGACUGGAUACUCUGAAAGAUGCGCUGGCCAGUGAGGAUGUAGUGGGACAUGCGCGCCGACCGCGGCGGAGAAGGGGAGGGAAGGUUGAUGCGGCCGAAGUAGAGGGAUGGGAUGUGCUAGGUGGCGCGGAAAUGACCGCUGGACGGUACUUUGUUGUGAGGAGUGGGAGUGAGAAGUCACCUUGA